AUGGACCUCCAGUUAAUUUUUCCAUCAAGAGGCCUAUUGGGCUUUUGUCAGUUUUAUCAGAGGCUCAAUAAACUUCAUGUCACUCUUUAUAGUAAGAGACCCAAUGGGCCUCGAUUCAGUUUUAGCAAGAGGCCCAAUGGUUUUAGGUCAGUUUUUCGCACAAGAGGCCCAGUGGACGUCGAGCGCUUAUUGCGUCAAGAGGCCCAUGGGCUUUCUAGAAAAAGGCCCAAUGGGUUAUUAGAGGAUGAUAUCCACGAAACUGGCUCCGGAGUCCGGCUGUAUCUAUCGGUUCUAUACAUUUAUGCUGGCACAAUCAGUACGAACUGCUUGGAUUUUCACACAGCAAAAUAA